AUGGCGACGACGAACGGCGUCAAUGGCACACAUGGAAUAGCUACCACUGCCGCUGAUGCUGCUGCUGCCAAACUGAAGACAAAUCGCGCAAAAGCCAUCGUGGACGCUGCCUACGCCGGCAAAUAUGCCAUUCCUGCAGUGUGCUGCUACAACCUCGAGGCAGUACUGGCGACGGUGCGCGCCGCCGAAGCCAAACGGUCGCCGGCCCUGAUCCAACUGUUUCCCUGGUCAAUCGAAUUCGCUGACGGGCUGCUGCUGCACGCGGCGGCCGAGGCGGCCGACAAAGCGACGGUGCCGAUCGGCGUGCACAUGGACCACGCGCAGUCGCCCGACAUCAUCCGGCGGUCGGCGGACCUGGGCGGCUACGACGGCAUCAUGGUCGACAUGAGCCACUACGAGAAGACGGACAACAUGCGUCUCAGCCGGGAGCUGGUGGCGUACUGUAACGCGCGGGGGAUCAUCACCGAGUGCGAGCCGGGCCGCAUCAACGGCAGCGAGGACGGCAUCGCCGACACGGUGGGCAUGGAGGAGAUCCUCACGACGCCUGAGCAGGCCGAGGAGUUCGUCGCCCUGGGCAUCGACUGGCUGGCGCCCGCCUUUGGCAACGUGCACGGCGCCUACGGACCCCGGGGCCCGCAGCUGGACUUUGCCCGCCUGCAGCGCAUCCACGACCAGGUCGGCGACCGCGUCCGGCUCGUCCUGCACGGCGCGCAUGAGGACUACUUUGGCGAACAGCUGCUCCGGAAGUGCAUCGCCCACGGCAUGGCCAAGGUCAACAUCAACGGGCCCGUCGCCGCCGCCUGGACAAAGGUCCAGGCUGAGCUGACUGGCCAAGUCCCCCUGACCAAGGUGAUAGAGGAACAGACAAAGGCCAUGCAGGCCGUGGUCGAGUACCAUAUGGACUGGUUGAUGUCCACGGGCAAGGCUUAG